CCCUCCACCCACCGCCAUUUUUCUUGCACGGAGCCCAUCAACCUCUAGCAAAUGGGUUGAGGCACUUUCUUGCCUCCUCCAUUAGCCUCGUGCUUGUAGAUAGAGGCACUUUACGGUGCCAGCAACAGAUGACCUUUUUAUGUUUGCAUUUAAGCCUAGUUUUUCCUCAUGAUUUUUGUUUUCCGGCCAGCCUGGUCACCAGUUCUGAUUCUGUCCUCACCCCCGCCUUUUAAAAUCUCAUUAUUCUUUCCCUUAAUGUGUGUUUCUGUUAAAAAAUAAGGCUCUUGUAAUUUAGUCAGUCCUUUAAUUCCCCCUCCUUCCCCUGCAGCUAGAGAGUUGUACACAUAUGCAAAAAUGUGACUUAAACACACACGGGAGAAAGCAAUCCAACAUGUUAAAACAAAACUGAGCUUGGUUAAAAACUAGAAAUUCCAGCCUUGCCAGCCACAGAAGUUAUGAAAGCUUGGAUGUGUAUUUAUACACAAAGUGAAUGACGGGAUUAUUUUUAUUCUGCUUAAACUAGGUAUUGUGGAAGGAGAAAUGAAGAGGACUUUAACUGACAAUUCAAACCGCUCUACUGCAGGCUACUUUCCAGUCCCACUGUUCAAUCAGAAAAAAAGGAACAGGCAACCACUCACUUCAAACCCACUUAAAAAUGAGCUAUGUACCAGCAAACCAGCUGAAAAUGUGGAUUAUUCUGCCAUGCUAGCUGAUUUUGAAUGGGAAACUGCAAAGCCAGAACCAACUCGAUUACAGAAAACAAUCCCAGCAGAGCUUCCUGUUCCACCUUCAGUGUUAAGACACCCAAACGCACCAACAUCAGCUGUAUCACAAGCAGGAAAGAACUUCAACAACUGGAGACUAGAGGAGAAAAACAACACUUGGAAAAGAAACAACUUCCCAGCUUUGGGCAGUGGAACAGACAACAGGAAGGGUUCACAGCUUGACAAGAGUCCAGAGUGUUUGAUGGGAACUGGAUCAAAGCAACAGAAAUCAGCUGGCUAUUCACAUGGUAGCAAGGCAAGAGGAGCAGAACAAAGCUAUCCAGCCACAGCCCAAUGGCCAGCUGGAAAGAACACAGGGCCGAGGGGCCCACAGGGUCAGAGUACACCGUAUACAUUUAAACCCAGCCCUUUACAACAAAAAGUUAACGAGAAAAAAGCUGAUUGUGCUCAAGAUGUCAAAAUCGUUCAGAAAGGGCCAGCGGCGUUUCAAGCAAAACUGCAGGAAAAAGACAAUUCUCUCAGAAUUAUAUCUGUCGUCAUUGAAAGCAUGAAACACUGGAGUCAGUAUACGAAUAAAGUGCCACUGUUAUUUGAGGUCUUGGGCGUCCUGGAUUCUGCAGUCACCCCUGGGCAGUACGGAGCCAAGACUUUCCUGUUAAGAGACGGGAAGGAGAGCAUGCCAUGUGUAUUCUAUGAGAUUGACCGGGAGCUGCCAAGGUUAAUCAGAGGUCGAGUACACAGAUGCAUGGGAAACUAUGACACAAAACGCAAAGUCUUCAAGUGCGUCUCCGUCAGACCUGCAACGGUUCCUGAGCAACAAACUUUCCAGAAUUUUGUCAAAAUUGCAGACGCUGAGAUGAGCAAAUAUGUCAAAACAAGCAACGAAGUUUAACUUACACACAUAUACUAGGAACCAUAAUAUGGGCAUAAUACGAAAUAUUUAUUAAAGCUCAUAUUUUCAGCACCGAUAUGAAAGCAUCACCAUAACAUGUUACCUAAAAUAAAGUAGU